AGCCAACAGGGGGUCAGAGCCUGGGGGUGAUGGGCACAGAUUCAGGGUGCAGGAGCAGGGGCCCAGGCCCGGCCAGAGACAAGGAGAGGAGCAGAGGGCUGGCAGAGGGACCCCCGGAUGCCUCUCUGCCAGUGCUGUCAGCCCUGGGAGACCCGUGGCCACGGUGACCGGAUGUGACGUCCCCUGGCUUCCGCCUCGGAGGUCUGGGGACGCCGAGGGCCUAGCUGAGGGAGGCCGGAUUCAGGGCAGCAGAGGGAAGGAGGCCAGUCCCGGCCAGGGGCCCAGGGAGCCCCAGGAGGGAGAACACUAGACCCAGGGCGUCCAGAGGUUCAGGGAGGAGAGGACCUUGGUCUGCGAGGACAACGUCAGGUCAUCUGAGGAAGCACAUCUGCUCAGCUGACACACAUUCCAGGAGUCAAGAUCCCUAGGACACAGGCCGCCCUGGACAACAGAGCCCUGUGAAGCCGAGAGUGCCCCUAAGAGGAGGCCCGCCCGUGGGUCCCCAUUGGUCGCCUCCUGCCCACGCUCCUGUCGGCUGCCCUGACAGGAGUCAUCAUGCCUCGUGCUCCAAAGCGACGGCGCUACAUGCUUGAGGAAGGCCUUCAGUCCCAAAGCGAGACGCAGGGCCCAGUGGGUGCACUGCUUCCUGUGGCUGUGGAAGAGGAUACUUCUUCGUCCUCCACCUGCUCCUCAUCUUUCCCCUCCUCUUUCCCCUCCUCCUCCUCUUCCUCUUGCUAUCCUCUCUUGUCGAGCACACCAGAGGAGGUUGAUGAUGUCGCUGGGGCCCCGAGUCCUCCCCAGAGCUCUCAGAGUGCCUGCCCCUCCCCCACUGCCAUGGCCUCCCCUCCACUGAGCCAGUCUGAAGACGACAGCUCCAGCAGCCGAGGAGAGGAGGGUCCGAGCACCUCACAGGCCCUGCCAUACACUGCGUCCUUUCCCAGAAACGUGAUUGAUGGCAAGGUGGCUGAGCUGGUGGAGUUCCUGCUUGUCAAGUAUCGCACAAAGGAGCCCACCACAAAGGCGGAGAUGCUGAAUACGGUCCUCAGAGAUCACCAGGACCACUUCCCUGUGAUCUUCAGUGAAGCCUCUGAGCGCAUGAACCUCAUCUUUGGCGUUGACGUGAAGGAAGUGGACCCCAGCGACCACGCCUAUGUCCUGGUCACCACCCUAGGCCUCACCUACAAUGGGAUGCUGAGCGAUGAGCAGAGCAUGCCCAAUACCGGCCUCCUGGUGAUGCUCCUGGGCGUCAUCCUCCUGCAGGGCGACUGUGCCCCCGAGGAGGACGUCUGGGAAGCACUGAGUGUCAUGGGGGUGCAUGCCGGGAGGGAGCACUUCAUCUACGGGGAGCCCAGGGAGCUUAUCACUAAAGUUUGGGUGCAGGAGCAGUACGUGGAGUACCGGCAGGUGCCCAACAGCGAUCCUGCUCGCUACGAGUUCCUGUGGGGUCCCAGGGCCCACGCUGAAACCAGCAAGAUGAGUCUCCUGGAGUUUUUGGCCAGUGCCAUUGGGAGUGACCCCAGGUCCUUCCCAGUGUCGUAUGAGGAAGCUUUGAGAGAUCAGGAAGAGAGAGUUCAGGCCAGAAUUGCCAGCACGGAUAAUGCUACUGACACGGCCAGUGCAAGUUGUAGUACCGUGCCCAGUAGCUCCUCCUGCCCUGAGUGAAGUCUAAAGCAGAUUCUUCACUCUGUGUUUUAGGAAGGCAGUCAAUGAUCUAAGCAGUGGAGGGUCAGGCUGGGGCUGAGGGUAUUAUAGGGCAUAACAGCUUUGUGUUCCUGUUCCAUAGGGGUGACUUUGAAAUGUAUCAUCUUCUUUUUCUUUCUGUUUUUCUUCUUCUUUGUGGUGAGGAAGAUUGGCCCUGAACUAACAUCUGUUGGCAAUCUUCCUCUUUUUGCUUGAGGAAGAUUGUCCCUUAGCUAAGAUCUA